AUGAGGGAAGACAACAUAAGGACUUAUGGAGAAAACCGUCAGUGCUUGCUGCACAGUAUUACUCUGAUCACGAUAACCUGUUUGUGCCUGAGAUUGGUGUUGUCAGCUGCUGAUGUUCCAUCUGCGUAUGAAUGGGCUCUGGAAGGGAUGCGACAUCUUGCCGCCAUUAGUUUUGAUGACUGUAACUCCCCUGAGCUCUGCGCCGGUGCUGUAGAGAGUCUGGAGAAGUACCAGGUGCAGCACACGGAGAUCGGAGAGAAGAAGUUCGAAGAGAUGAGGGAGCUUGCCUACGAGUUGAAGAGCGAGAAGGGGGCCAAGCAGUGGAAGUUUGCAUGGUCAAAGUGCCAGGAGGCCAGGCAAGUCUUCGAGAAGAAAUUGGAGGCGACGCUGAGGGCGAAAGGCUCGUUAUCCGGGGACCAGCGCUCUCCUAGAUUGCUUUCCCAUAGGAGAAAUUCGGACGCUGUAGACCGCAAAGAGCCUUAUUUCCUAAACGAGCCUAAAUCACCCCUUUGCAGCAGGGAGAGGAGGCUGGGCAGAGUCCUCUGUAACCGACCAGAGGUGGGAAAUACAACAGACCAGAUUCCAUAUGUGGCGAGCCCAUUUGGCUCAACUACCAGCUCUAUCACAUCAUCUGCUUUAAGAGUGCGUAAGCUGUCCCUACAGAGUGUCCCCGGGGAGGACCUUCACCUCCAUCUACUCCAGCAGGUGCCUUCUGGGUCUUCCACGCCAACUCCAUGUCGCCCCAUGGGCAGAAGGUUAUUGAGGAAGGCACAGAGCUUUGACCUUCCUGGAAGUGAUGUGGGAAGUCACGGGUGCCAGAGGCGGUUGAGCAAGCCUGGCAGGCGGGGUAACACUGGUGUGUUCAUUAAAGGGCUGGAAGUAAGCAGCACAGAACUGGCAGACAGGCCCUGCAGCCCCCGACAGCCGCCCUCCCUGGACUGUAAGCUCCGGCACAUCAUCGAUGAGAUGGUGACCACAGAGAGGGAAUACGUGCGAUCCCUCUGGUACAUCAGUGAGAACUAUUUCCCCGAAAUGGAUCGCAUGGACCUCCCCCAGGACCUCCGCGGGAAAAGGGGCCUCAUCUUUGGCAACCUGGAGAAGCUGAGGGACUUCCACAGCCAGUAUUUCCUGAAGGAGCUGGAGAGCUGCUGCAACCACCCUCUGCGUGUCAGCCACUGCUUUCUCCGACACAAAGACCAGUUUGGGAUGUACGCCUUAUACAGCAAGAAUAAGCCCCGGUCCGACUUGUUACUAGCCAGCCACGGGAACAUAUUCUUUAAGAAUAAGCAGCGGCAGCUGGGAGACAAGAUGGACCUGGCCUCGUAUCUGCUGAAGCCCAUCCAGCGAAUGAGCAAGUACGCUCUGCUCCUGAAGGACCUGAUCAAGGAGUGCAGCGAGGCUCAGGAACAGGAGCUGGUGUACCUGCGCGCCGCCGAGGAAAUGGUGAAGUUCCAGCUCCGUCACGGCAAUGACCUCCUAGCCAUGGACGCCAUACGGGACUGUGAUGUGAAUCUAAAGGAACAAGGGCAGCUGGUGAGACAGGACGAAUUCACAGUGUGGUUGGGCCGGAGGAAGUGCCAGAGACACGUCUUCCUGUUCGAGGAUCUCAUCUUAUUCAGCAAGCCCAAGAGGAUUGAAGGGGGACUGGAUGUCUACAUAUACAAACGCUCAUUUAAAACAGCAGACAUCGGCCUGACAGAGAAUUCCGGAGACAGCGGGCUGCGCUUUGAAAUUUGGUUCAGGCGACGUAAAUCCAACGACACACACAUUCUCCAGGCGAGCAACGCCGACAUCAAGCAGGCCUGGACCGUGGACAUUCCUAAAAUCCUCUGGCAGCAGGCGACCAGGAAUAAGGAGGUCCGCAUGCAGGAAAUGGUCUCUAUGGGUGUUGGCAACAAGCCGUUUCUGGACAUAAAGCCAAGUGACGCAGCAAUUAACAACCGCGCUAUUGAUUACAUCAUGAAGGGGAGAGGUACGGAAUACAUUUGGAUCCAUACUCUGUAG